UUGAAUGUUAUUGCUGCGCACUUGCAUCAAUUGUAAGGUGGUGCCCCCUGUGUAUAUGGAAUAUUUCAAUGAAACGUAUAUCAUAUGUUUGACAUUUCAAACGAUGUAUUAUACAUAUAUUUGGUACGAGUUUGGUAGCCAUACACAACAGACAGAGAUCAAAACAUCGUCGACACACAACAAACACACACUGCAUGAAUGAGAAGCGUAAUGAACGAACAAAUAAAAAAAAGUUAAUAUACGCACACUCGUACAUAACUUGACACUGAAAGAAUAACAAAAAAAAAUAUAAGUCAUAGUUUAUAGUGCAGUUUUCUUUAUUUUAAUUUUUUCGUCUAUUUCUCUUUAAAUAUUUAUCUAUAAGUUGUGUCCAAAUGUUGUAAUCAUAUUGAAUGAACGAAAAGAAAAAAAAUCGUUCGCAAAAUAAAACGAAAUUUAACGAAACUACGGCAUAAAUGUGUAAAUUAUUGAAUUGAAGCAAUAAUUGAUGGUUGUUUUGCAUUCAAACGAAACGAAUUUGUAAAUAGUGUACUGGAACGAAUUCAAUGUAUAUUCUCUAUAUUUUCACAUAAAUAUUGAAUGCGGAUAACGAUUGAAAAAAAAAAGAAUCGAGAAUCCACAUUUUUAUAAUUUGAUUUACGCUGUAGCAAUUGACGUGCAAACUGUAAUUGUGUGGUGUGACGGAAGAGAGAAACUGCUAAUAAACGUGCCGAUUACAAAGGAGCAACACAAAAAAACAUCGCGAAAAAGAGAAACAACAACAUGGAUCCACGUCAAAUAACGCGUUUGGCAAAAUUGCUACGUGAUAAUGGUGAUAAAGUGCUCAGUUCGGAAUAUAAAAUAACAUUGACCGGUCAAUUGUUGCGCGCACUGAAUGAUUCAUUCACAUUGAUUACGGAUCCAAAUGAAACGUGCACACCAAACACAUUUCAGGUGCUCAAGCCAAACAAUGCCAAAUCAGAAGUGUUCCGUGAUUUGCAAAUCAUCUAUGAUUUUGUGCAAAAAGCUCAAAUUUUAUGUUUAGUUGCCAUACCCACAGAAGAGCCAUUCGAUGGUGAUAUUGAUAUAAAAAAAUUUCGAAAUUUAAAACGUUUGGAAAUACAAAAAAUUCCCAUCGAACAAAUAGUUGGCAUCCAACGGUUACGUGCACAUUUACAAGAGCUAAUCUGUUCGAAAAGUAUAAAUAGCAUACAAUCAAUUGUUAGCCAUUGUGGUGGCGAUAAUGCAAACGGUUUUUUAUGGAAUGAAUUGAAAAUGGCCGAUUUUUCAUAUAAUUGCCUAAAAACAAUCGACUGUUCACUGGAAUUUGUAUCGAAUUUACAACAGUUGAAUCUUAGUCAUAAUCAAAUACACAGUGUUGAUGCCAUUAAAUGGCUACCAAAUUUGAAAAAAUUAAAUUUAAGCUUCAAUAAUCUGUCACAUAUACCACAAAGUAUCGCGUCCCGUCGACUACAAUCGCUCAUUUUGAUGAAUAAUUUUAUCGAGAAUUUAAGCGGUUUACCAAAACUUGAAGCACUCAACGAACUUAAUUUGGCGGACAAUUGCAUUUUGGAUCACGCAGCACUCGAACCACUGGGACAAUUAAUUGCUUUGCAACAACUCACUUUGCACGGCAAUCCAAUAUCGCAUCAUCCACAUUACAGGGAAGAAACGUGCAAAUAUUUACACAAAAAUGUUGCAAGUGUUAAGUUUAUUUUAGACUCACAACCGUUGAAUAAACAUGAAAAGAGUUUAGUCGGAUACUAUCAGAGCUUCAACAAUUGGUCGAUAAAACAUAGAGCAACAAAGCCAAAACGUUCAAGUGGCUUUUCUACGCCGGCAAGUAGACAAAAUGAUAUGACACCAGCUAGUAGCAUUGGGUCGUUUCGAAGUUUUCAACUGGAAAAUAGCAUGGGCAGCACAGUUGAUCUACCAAAUGAGUUGAGCACAUCACAAAUAAGCUCAUCAACACAGAAAAAAAUAAAAGUAAGACCUGCAUUGAUUGCUGACGACGAUAACGACGAUGGUGUCGAAGUUAUCGUAAAAUCAAAACCACCAAAACAAGACAAACCGAUACCGACAUCGGCGAAUAUUGACGAAAUGAGAUGCCGAGAGCACUUAAAGACAAAACAACAAAUCGAAGAAUUGCGUAACGAAUACGGUGACGAAUGGUUACACAGCAAGGGAGCAUCAAAGGUGCAAGAUGUAAUGGGCAUUACUCCCAACCAAGCACCAGUAAAACAAUCAAUCCAAACGACGGAAGAACGAUUAGAAAAUCUCUUUGGAUUCGAAAAUACGUCUCCGAUAAAUCGAGAUCGAACAUCAACACCAGUUCAAGCACAAUUGAAUCAUGCUGACUUUGCUCACUCACCAAUUGAGCAAUUCCAGUCGCCUGUUACAUCAACGAGUGAUUUCAAGAGUGUUGAAAAUAGUGAACAGAAAACCCAUAAAAAUGCAGACGAUACAUCAUCGAUGGAGAAAACAAUGUUCAAAUCAACAAUAAGUUACGAUGAAGAUUUGAGGAAUUUAUAUCCAUCGUCAACGACCAAUGAACCUGAAUCACCGUCGGAUUCGGAAGAAAAUGAAACGAUUUAUCUCGUCAUCAACGAGACAAAUCAAAUUGAUCUAUUUUUAAUUGUAUCUGAACAAAGUAUUCGCGAAAAAAAUUCGCUGACAAGUAAAACAAUAAACAAAUGGAAAAUGACCAUGUUGGAGAGUUGUGAACAUAUCAGCACCGAUGUGAUACGCAUUCGUUUCGAUACAAUCAAACGAGAUAAACGUGAACGCACCUAUAAAAUGGAAAAAGGCGAAGGAAAAAAAUUGGACGAUUUUCUACGAAAUAUUUUAUCACAACGACCACUAUCCGAUCUGAUGCUGAUAUUCCGAUGUGCCAACUGUGCUUUGCAAUUUUCACAGGAGAAACUACAACGGAAAAAUGGAAAAGAUGUGAAAUGUCCAGAGUGCGGAAGUACGUAUGUGAUUGAGAUGAAAGACACUCAAUCAUCACCAACGUCCAAACGUUCGGAACAGGUUACACUGGAUAAAUCGAAUUCACACAGCAGCAUCGGAUUGAAUGAAAAAAACGAUAGCAAAACUGAUCAGAUUGAAAAUUCGGCUAGUUCAUUUAAUGAGAGUUUAUCACAAUCGAAAUUAUCGAAUUAUUCUCAAAGUUCAUUCGAUUCGAAUCAAUCAUUGAUCGGCAGCACAACUAAUUGUGAACACACAAAUGACUUAGACAUCUAUUUAUCAUCUCGUUUUGGUGCAGCAACCGAAAGUGAUGUGGAAAUUUUAAGCAAUCCAAGCAUUAGUAGUAUCGAAGUAUUGGAACGUUUCAGUCGACAAUCGAGCCGAAAACAAUCGGAAGAUUCACGUUAUCUAUUACAAACGCAAUUAUAUCUACAACAACAUCAACAUCAAUUUAAUAAAUCGAACGAUGGUUUGGAUUGUCAUUCACCAUCGCUCGAUUUGCUUAUAAAAUCGACAAGUAAUAGUGAUAUUGAAGAAAUUUUAGAUGAACCAGAUCCAAGCGUUGAUUCCGUCGAUCAGGUUAGAAUUACACAAGCGAAUGAGACACACAACGCAAACUCCGAUCAUGAAAAAAUCGAAGUCAAUGAAACAUUGUUGAAGCCAAAAAAACCAAUGUUGACAUGCAUGAAUUUGACAGAGAGUAGCUCAUCGGGAUCGGUAACAGAUAGUGUAUGUACGGCGUAUGAGCAUCAAGCGGCCGACAGUAAGGCAACAGAAGAGACGACAAUAUCAAAUAUUAUGACAUCAACUAUGACGCCUGUCGAACAGGAGCAAGUUCAUAUACCCGAAAUUGAAAAAAAGGAAACAGAUACUAGCAAACUCGAAGAAACGUCAAUGAUUUCGAAUAUGUUUGGCGGUCUAUUCAAUUCAACAAAUAUUUUAAUGGCACGAACCACAAAAGGAUCCAAAUUGGAAGCGCCACCGUGUGAAAAAUUCAAAUUUUCAUACAAAGAAUUUGAUCAAGCCGAUCAUCGAUUGAAACUGUAUUUGUAUCAACACAUCUUCGAAGAUGACAAUGAACAUUUGAAAUGGCUUGUGAAAGGAUGUUUGUUCAAUGACACAGCAAAUAAUGAUCCAGAUGCAAAACUUCAACCGGCCAUAUUUUUAAUGUCAACCACAAAGUGGUAUGUUUUGAAUAUUAUCGGCAAAGAAUCAGACGAUGUCACGAAAUGGGUGAAACGAGAUGCAUUUGGUACUAUAAAUCGAGUCGAACAGAUUCGAGUACUUCCGUGGAAGGUCGGCAUUACAUUCACCAUCAAACAUUUUGGACAUAUUCAUUUCUUUCUACAAGAUAUCAUGCGAACAGACAGUUUACUUCUAUUUUUUGCGAACAAUCCUUUGCCUGUAUACUGCGAUCUUGAAUACCAAAUCUCCGAGCGCGUAUCACAAAAGCUGCUUCAAAUCACCAAUAACGUACAACUUAAAAUGUUUACAAUUUUGAAUUACUGUAAAAUUAUUGAUCAUAAUGAUGUCAGCACCGUAUACGAAACCGCCGCAUUCAUCUUGACCGAUUCGAAUUUAUAUGUGACAACACCAAAGUAUGGAUGGCUCGUUGAAAAAAUGGAUCACGCCCGAAUUGAAGUGGCCCGAGUACAGUUAAUGACGGAUUUGGUGGACGUUGAGAACAUCGAUGAGACAACAUUUGCAAUUAGCUUUUUGGAUGAUGUAAACGAUAUAAAGGAGACGUGGGAAUGUAAAUUCGAAACCAGCUCUUGUUUACAAAACACAUUCGAAACGAUGGCCACGUCAUGGGAAAAAAUUUUCAAAGUGCCUUUAGCGAAUUAAAAAUCCAACAAUAUCAUUAAAAUUAUUGUAUUCAUUCAUAAACAUUUGUUAUCUAAAGAAUCCAACUUUGACCUGUAUUAUUUGUUUGCUAUUGCUCGCACAAGCAAAAAAAAAACAUUUUCAAUGUAAAAUUUUCCUUAAAAAUUAGAUCUGUCAUUUUUUCAUGAAUCAUGAUUUGUUAUCAAGCAAGCUAACGGAAAAAUUCAAUUAUAUGUUGACGAUAAGGUUUAGUUUCCGUCGGCCCGGUUCCAGAGACUUAACCUACAAUAUUUAGACCCGAUUUAAAUUUUCUGAACAAAAAGAUUCACAUCUUACCGUGUACCUUUAAAAAAUGUGUACGAAUGAUCUAGAAAUCUAAGAGAAGUUAAAAAAAUAAAUCGUAUUCGAGUUAUUAUUUCAGUUGUCGACUUGCAACGAACAACAGCAAUGUGAUGGCAAUUGUUUGUAAAAAGAAGAACUGAAAAUAAAAAGAAAUCGCCACGCGUUUUGGUUCUUCUUUAAAAGUAUUUAAUGUCGUUUAUAAAUGUAAAUUGAAGAAGAUUGUCUACGUUAUAAAAAAUCGUUAAAUAUGUAAAUAAACGCAUCAUCUGAUAUGUCAGACAUUUAAAUUGAAUUCCGGCAUUUUUUGACAAUGUGAAAUCAUUUUUUAAUGUUAAAAUUUAUGGAUGAAAUAAAUAAUUGAUGAAAUAAAGUCAAAUUUAAAGGAUGUCCCCUUGGUACACA